AUGGCCCAGGUGCGUGGCGAGUCGGGCUCCGGCAAGACGACAUACCUGCCGUGGAUGCUCUGGUCGGCGGUGACGGAGAAGGACCCGGACACUCUGGUGUUAUGGGCGGGCGAGGAGGUCGAGGCCGGGCGCCUGCUGUGCCUCCGGGACGGCGAGACGGACCACGCGCGACGGCGGUGGCACGGGGACGAGACGACCAGGGUGACCGGCCGAAGGGACAAGGCCAAGUUCCCGCUGGGCAUCUCGUCGUUUAGCGCUGCGGGCCGCUUGUUCGCAGCUCACGAGAAAGAGUACGUGCAUACGAGCCGGACCAAGUGGGGGACGAUCAGCGAGACGCAGCGACUGCCGGGGCGCGUGAUGCUGGUGGUGGACACGCAGCCGGAAAUGCCGGGCGACAUGGUGUUCCUGCUCGUGGCGGCCCUGGCGUGGGCGCGGCCGGCGCGCGGAGGGACCAACGCCCGACGGCUCUCCAUUGUGCUCGUGUCGUCCGAGUUCCUGCCGAGCAACGUGGAGGAGGUCGCCGCCCGCUACGAGGCUGCCACUCGUGCGCCGGUGCCGAGGCGGACGUUCGACUUGCCCGCUCGGCACGCGGGACACGUCAAGGUUCGACGCCUGCGCAGUAACGAGACGGCGAGGAGGGUCACGGAUCUGUGCGCCGAGAGCCUUGCAGAAGGUCCCGUGGCCAUCAUCAACUUUACCGGCGAGAACUGGCUGUGCGACCGACUCAGGGCCUUCUCGCUGCCCGGGCUCAGCCGCGUGUCGGACGUGGCGCGGCCGAUCGUUGAGGACGCCUCCGACGGCGCGGCGCGAGACGACCGGGCGAAGCAGGCGUGGAAGAACCUGGACGCGGCCAUGACGGCCAAGGGCGAGUCGGGGUGCACCCUCUUCCACUUGGACCCGACCUGGCGAGUGCCGGCGGCGUUGCGGGGAUUCAGGGGCGUGCACGUCCUGGCGCCGCAGUCGGCGGCCCGCGUGAUACGCGACGGCGUCUGGGCUCCCGAGGUCACGGCCGACAUGUCUCUAUACCGAGACGACAGGAAGUACGUGCUUUCUUGGGGGCGGAGGGCCUUUGGCCUUAUGGGAUCGGGCCUGCCGAAUGUCACGGUUCACAUCGUGACGACGGGCGACGAAGACACCGACGACCACGACGACGACCACGUGGAGGAGGUGCGCAAAUACCUGGACGCCGCCACCGCUCGGAGGCGAGUUCAUAUACAUGGCCCUUGGCUGGACGGUUUCAUCGUUAUGCUCGGCAGCCUCGGCGAGCGAAUUUGGAACCCGGUGCACGUGGUGGCGGCACUGGCAUAUGCCAACGCCAUGAUCGACUCCGAGGAACGCCUGAAGCGCCUCUACGGAAUACGGUGGAGGCGCGGCCAAGGCGGUUCGACGGCGGCCAUUCCCGACGUCGACAUGGGCCGGCACCAGGCCCAUCUGUUGCGGGUCUGCCUCGUCCUGUUUCGAUACGAUAUGCGCCUGGCGUGGCUGGUUGCCUCGGACCCCGUCACGCCUGACGUAGUAACGCUCAAGGCCAUGAUCGCGUGCAUGGUCUCCUCGGGCCUGAAAGAGAUGGUUCUCGUCCGCAACAGCCCGCAAGACCACAGGAAUAUGUUAUGGACGGGGCUCGCGCGGGUGGGAGGUGAGCUAAGCGCCUGGGUCAACAUGCCCUUUGCCGACCUGUGGGUUCGCCUGGCCUUUUGGCAACUGGGAUCGGAGUGCGGCUAUACGCACUCGGGCGCCGUGCCCGGCCACGCGCAGGCGAUACAGCCUAAGUUCUUCCCGUCUGGAGGCAAGAUGUUGGUGGGCCUCGGCAUCGCCGCCUGCAAGCGCGCGGACCUGGCCCUGCAGGUGGUCCGCGCCCAGCUUCAGGACCGCGGCGUCGUCCUGCGACGCCCUCGGUGUCGUGGCGAGCCACUGCUCGUGGCGGCCCGGGACCUGGAGAGGCUGCAGGUUCAGCUGCUAGAGGCGUUUCCCUACCAUAUUUCGGCAGUGACCUCGAGGCAGCUUGCGGCUCGUGACGAAGACGUCAAGGGCCUCUGUUUCUCGACGAGGAUUGAGACGUGGUUCCUUCCCGAUGCGUUACCCGUGGCCAGGGCGUCGCAAGCGGACGCCGAGGCCAGCAUCGGUCUCAUCUUCUGCCACGAGCUAUACAGGGAUGCUACCGAGUGCUCCCUCGUUGCCCACGACUGGACCGUAAUCCCCGUCGACGUGGUCCGCAAGAUGCUCCAGGCCCAUGGAGCUUCCAUGUCGUCGCUACCCGACCUAGUGCGCCGCAGGCCCAACAUAUAUUAA